AGAGUGUCUGAUAAUGUGAAAGCUGAUUUACCAGAUACUCAGAAACGAGUGGCUAAAAAACUUGAGAAACAGCAGGUACCCCAGAGAACUUCAGUUCAACGUAGAAUAAAACUGUUUAAUCAUCUACAACAAUAUCAACGAGAGAUCACCUUCACACAACUUAACAGGUUUACUAGUUGUGGAAUCCAUCCAGCAAUAAUCAAGCUAGGUUUACAAUAUGCUGAAGGUUUAAUUGUUGGUUCUAAUGCUCGGUGUGUAGCUUUACUUGCUGCUUUUAAAAAGGUGAUAUCAGACUAUUCUACACCACCACAGAAAGAACUAGGCCGAGAUUUAGACAGUAAGAUUAAACCUUAUAUCAGUUUUUUGACACAAUGUCGUCCUCUAUCAGUCAGUAUGGGAAAUGCUAUCAAAUAUUUGAAAUGGAAUAUAACUCAUACACCAAGAGAUAUGUCUGAUACAAAGGCUAAACAGAUGUUAAACGAGUGUAUUGAUACGUUUAUUCAUGAAAGAAUUACUGUACCAGCUAGUGCUAUUUCUGGUUACGCUUGUAAAAAAAUAGCUGAUGGUGAUGUUAUUAUGGUUUACGCUUGUUCCUCUUUAAUCCGUCAUGUUUUAAAAGAUGCGUAUAUACAAGGAAAGAAAUUUAGGGUGAUAGUUGUUGAUGGUCGACCUAAAUUAGAAGGGAAAGAAAUGUUACGAAGGUUGAUAAAGAUAGGAAUAAAAUGUACCUAUGUUUUAAUCAACGCAGCUUCCUACGUCAUGCAAGAGGCUACCAAGGUAUUUUUAGGCUCCCAUGCCCUGCUAGCUAAUGGAUGUGUUAUGUCUAGAGUUGGUAGCUCUAUGAUAGCUCUAAUAGCCAAGGCCUAUAAUGUACCUACAUUAGUUUGUUGUGAAACUUAUAAAUUCUGUGAAAGAGUACAAACUGAUUCCUUUGUUUUCAAUGAACUGGGAGAUCCUAAUGACCUAGUUAAAAUUGGUAAUAAACCACCGUGUUUAACAGACUGGAAGGAAUAUAACUCUCUCACUCUGUUAAAUCUAGUUUAUGAUGUUACUCCCCCUGAAUUAAUCACAGCUGUUAUUACAGAGUUUGAUAUUAUACCUAGUACGUCUGUACCUGUAGUACUUCGUGUCAAACAUGCUGAAACUAGUGAGUCAUAG